AGCCGGAAGCGCCCUCUUUUACGGCUGCGUUGGAGAGGUCAGAAAGGGGACUGCGAGACACGAGGCCGAUCUCCUGAGAGAUGGACACCAACAACCACCCCGGGGCCCGGGGGGGACUCGGGAGCAUCUUUGGAGGAUCCCCCGGGUAUUCUCAGUCAGACCUGGCCGGCGUGCCGUUAACGGGGAUGAGCCAGCUUUCACCAUACUUAAAUGUCGAUCCAAGGUAUUUAGUACAGGAAACAGAUGAAUUUAUUUUACCCACCGGAGCUAAUAAAACCCGUGGCAGAUUUGAGCUGGCGUUUUUCACUAUUGGAGGCUGCUGUAUAACAGGAGCAUCAUUUGGUGCAUUUAAUGGCCUGCGACUUGGUCUGAAGGAAACCCAGAACAUGGUGUGGUCCAAACCCAAGAAUGUUCAGAUUUUGAACAUGGUCACGCGGCAGGGUGCAAUGUGGGCUAACACACUGGGAUCUUUAGCAUUACUUUACAGUGCCUUUGGUGUGAUAAUAGAAAAGUCCAGAGGAGCAGAAGAUGACCUUAAUACUGUAGCUGCUGGUACAAUGACCGGAAUGCUGUACAAAUCCACAGCUGGAUUACGUGGCAUUGCUCGCGGUGGACUUGCUGGUCUAGCUCUUACAAGUGUCUAUGCUUUAUAUAACAACUGGGAGCAUAUUAAGGGCUCCUCAACGCGGCUUUCAUUAUAAAUGGCAUUUUGGACAGCACUUUACCUCUACAGUCUUUAGAACGAACUGUACUUCUACGUGUUGGAGCCCUAAACUGGAUAAAUGGCAGGCCCGGUUUUAGGAUUUGGUCAUCGGUCAGUAGAUGAAGGCAUAGUCAAGUGUGCGCCCCAUCAAGAUGUCACGUUUCGGCAUAAGACACAAUACAUUUAUGUUCUUGUCAAAAUGUAUUUAAAGAUUCACUAUAUUGUAAUGUUGAGAUUCCUGUACUUUUAAUACAUAAAAUAUGUAAAGUGAAAAUAAUGUAUUUUUACUUCCUCUAAUUUGAUGUAUUUAUUGUUAUAGCUGUGGAUGUGUACAGUCCUAUUAAAGCUCUCUUCUUCAUGGGCAAAUUAUAUUGUUAGGUUCAAGA